AUGGUCUACACUACCCCAAGCCCGUCUGAAAAGGUGCAAUCUCCAAUAGGCCUAGCCCACGUUGUUCUCAGAACCGCAAACUACAAGCCCAUGGUGGAAUUCUACAAGGCCUUUCUUGGUGCCUUUGCCACUUUUGAGAAUGAAGUGCUCACCUUUCUGACGUACGACGAGGAGCACCAUCGCCUCGCCAUUGGGCACGUCCCAGGCACUUCGGAAAAGAUCCCCACAUCUUCCGGGUUGGAACACAUUGCGUUCCAGUUCAGCUCGCUUGGUCACCUCAUGCAAGCGUACGAGCAACGCAAGGCCCGGGGCAUCUUGCCUAUUUGGUGUGUCAACCACGGCCCUACGACCAGCAUCUACUACCAGGAUCCCGACGGCAACCAGCUUGAAACCCAAGUCGAAAACUUCGACACUGUUGAUGAAGCUAGCGCAAUGAUGGCAUCGCCAGAAUAUGCAGAGAACCCUAUCGGUGUCGACUUUGAUCCCCAGGAACUGAUCCGUAAGUUACGGGACGGAGAAGACGAAGUGGCUCUGAAGAGGAGGCCCAAUAUUGGCUCAUGA